AUGGUCGUCACUGACAGGAGUUCGAGCACUCCUGUGCCUAAGAAGCAGGAACCAAAGAAGAAGAAGAGGAAGUCCCGCCCCCAUGGCCUGCCCUCCCCGGCGCUGUGCUGCGCAUGCGGCCUGUGCAUCAUGCUGGCAGGCAUCAACAUCACCCUGGUGGGGGCAUUCGCCUUCAGCACCUUGGUGCCCUCUGCCAACCCUCCCAUCAUCAUAGGGCCCAUCCUGCUCCUGGUGGCCUUCUCUUUCUUCGGAGCGUGCUGUGUCUGCAGCCGCCUGCCCCCCGCCCAGGGCUCCCGGAGGUCGAAGGUGGGCGGGAGGAGCAUGGGGAUGAUGGGGCGUGGAGGUUUAGCCGGGGGAGCGACGUUUGAGAUUGAGACAAGUGAGCACACGUUGCAGGACACCACGGCAGUACAGCUCAGCCCCUCGGCCUCACCGGGGUCAUCACGGGCGUCCAGCCCCGAACGGGAUGCUCCUCCUGACCCCGCCCCCCCAGGGACCUGCAAGCUCUUCACCAUGGAGACCAAUGGCCCCACCUCCGCCACGGCCUACUACUCUGCCUCCUCGGCCGGGGGAGGGGCUGUGAGGCUCAACCUGCCACGUGAUGAUAUGGCCACCUAG